GAACUUCCUCAAGAACAAGUCACUUUGGAACCUUUCAUUGUUACAAAAUUUGGCCCCUUGCUGCAAGGUCUAUCAUAUGUAAUACACACAGAACAAUUUCUUCUAAGCUAUUGAAAUCAUCUGAAAGAAAUAACACACUUAUCUGGACUGGAGUCUGGGUCAUCUUUAGCAAUGAAAAAUAUAGCAGCAGUGACUGCAGAAAUAAUUUUUUCAUUAUUUUUCUCGAGAUAUGUGUGCCGGCUGCUUGUCACACAAUGUGAAAAAAGAUUGUAAACAAACAGGAUAAUUUACUGAUUCUUACACCUGAAAGUGGCACUGAAAAAAUAGCAUAGGCUUUCUUUGCUCUAAGUUUACUGUGAUGCCUGGGAUGAGAAAGACAUUCUGGCGAUUCUGUGAGGAAAGCAUUGAUUGCUGUAUCAUAUAUGAUAUAGCAUGCACUUGUGGGUUGUUUUAUGGCUGAGAGCAGAGUUUUGCAUCAGAACAGAAAACUGGGCGAGUUGGUGAACAUUCAUUGUGUGGCAGCACUGAUGUUAGAACAAGGAUUGAAGAAAAUUGGAACAGGGCAGUAGAAAAAAGUAGAAAUCAGUGCAUGUCCUGUUUUUACUUCAUUCAGUGCUUGUCCCAAUCGGGCUGAUGCCAUACAAUGAGCAGAGAUAGUUUUUUGUUGCGAGAAAUAUUUGAUGACAAAAUAUCACAUUUUUACAGGUUAUACUGUUGAUUAGCACCAUUAUUGCGAUAAAUACAUCAGAAAAUAGACAUUGCAGCAGUUUUUGUCAUAAACGUAGUGUAGGGCCAGUCAUGUUCCUGGAGUAAAGACAAUGGCAGCAACAAACAAUUCUUGGUGAAACAGAAAAACUGUAUUCUUUCUGCUUGCAUAAAGCUCCUAAAGCCUGUACAAAACAAAAAUCCACAUCAGGAUAAGUGCACUAAGGUAUCUGGCUAGGUAAUUGAUGCUCUAAUUUAUUCACUCAAGGAUGAUGUAAUCAAAUUUUAAAGGAAGUUAUAAUAAAUUGAGCUGCAAGAAAUACACUCUAUUACACAAAAGUUUAGAGUUUUUCAAUUGAUGUAUUUUGCAGACUUCCUUUGAUUCAAACGUCUUUCUAUAUGGUAACUGCAGCAUGGUGUAUGAUACAAGACAAUUUUUCUCAUAAUAUCGCAACCAUACGUGUUUUUUAGUUUAAGUUCGGGAAUUUCUGGUCUGAACAAAGCUUUGUCAAAUUUUUGCAUGAGAAAAACAAAUGAUACAGUAAAAGUCAAGGACCAGGUUAAUGACCAGGCUUCCCAUGUGGUAUGAAAAACUUAUUGUUAUUGCCAUCUUUGAGGAUUCAGUGCAAGUUAUAAUCUCAAUUUUCUUUUUGUCAGCAGAUUUGAUCUAGUUUAAUAGGUACUCAGUAGUUUAACACAAGAUUUGCAUGGAACUUAUGCAUUAUGCACAUGUAUUUUUUAUUUGUACUUAAGUGAAACUGAACAUUGUGUGCAGUUAUUGCUAAAUGGGCGAGUUGGUGCAAUUCAAACCCUGGCCCCCUGCUGGAUGUUUAUGGCAGUAUCAUACAUAAUUAGGAUGUAUUCUCCCACUGUGUACUGAUGAUGCUACCUGCAUAGGUGGCAAAACACCUAUGUUUUUGUUAUACUUCGUUGAGUAAAGCCAGUGAUAAAAAAACAUCUAAGUAUGAGUUCCCCUGGCUUUUGCAAAAUUCUUUCACCAAACAGAGAAGUUAGAGGUGAAAGUGUCGAUAAAUCGCAAACCAAAAUGUGGAUAAACCAGACCUCAAUCUGCCCUUUAGAAUAUACAGCUGGAAGUGCCACAAUAUUUUUAAGUGUUUCAGGAAUAAAAAAGAAAAAUAGCAUUCAGGACCAAUGGUUGUCAUGGAAGAAAUUAGAUGUGCAAUAGUACAUUCAAAAUAAAUUUGCUGUCAUGGAAGGGCAUAUUGGAUGCGCCAGUAGAACUUGCCAGAAAGCAAAGCAUAUGAAGAAAUUGUGACAAAAACAUUUAUUAAUAUCCACGUUUCAGAUUCAAGGGUUACAAAUUUCAACUGCCUUAUGUGCAAAUUAAUAUCUUGCUGCAGAAAGAUAUUUCGUGCAGGUUUUCCAUAGAUUUUUCAGUGCCCUCAUACUGUCAGAAAACCUUCACUGGUGAAUUAAAAACCAGCAUCAGCAGGCACAUCACAUUGCAUUUUUGCUAUUAGCAGCAGUGCUGGUAGCUUGUGAAGAAGUAUAAAGGCUUCACUUUGAAUUUUCAUUAUAACCUUUCUCUAAAAAAAAGAUUUCUUUAGCUACCUUCAAGACUCCUUGAAGCUGCUUCGCAUGUUUUCCAGUGUUAUGAAAGGAAAUGGUUGGGCUAACUAACAAAGCACAAAUUAAUUUGUCCUUGUUCACAAAAUUAUUUCUCUGUAGUUGUAGGCAAAAUAGACAGGUUUUUUCAUUGUUUAACACACCUCCACAAUUCAGGACCCUGUUACACAGGGUAUUGUAUUAAGUUACAUGAAAAAAAAAAAGAAUGUGGGCAGUGUCAAAGUAGGAGAGAAUGUGUGACAAAACAUUGACCUCAGUUGUACUUAACAAGUCCUUUCAAGGGGGUGAUGACUUGACCGAAGCCUUUGAACAGGUAGCUGUUGCAAUGUUUGCCUACAUGACAGAAAUUGACAAAGUUGACAUUCAUGCCACGUGUGACAUCAAAGCAGAAGCUGAAGACAUGGUUGGCCUGCUGUACCAUUUUUUAGAUGAGCUGCUGUUUGUUUUCAGUGCAGAACCAUUUAUGAUUGGAAAAUCUUGUUCCUUACAGAAAGUCAAGAUUCUUGAAUUUGAUAAGGAAGCUUUUAGGAUAAAGGCCAAAGUAUAUGGUGAAGUGUUUGACCUUGGCAAGCACCCUCAGGGCACUGAAGUGAAGGCAAUCACAUACUCCAACAUGCAAGUCUGGGACAACCCAAACCAGCAUGAGGUGUUUGCAAUUAUUGACAUAUAAAUAAGUUAUGCGCUGUU